AUGGGCUUCAUCUAUGGCACCGUGACCAUCUUCCAGUAUGGCGGCGGGCAGGCAGGCGUUAUGCGCACCUUGGGGAAGUACAUGCUGGGGUCGGGAAGCAUGUUCGGGCUUUUCAUGGGCAUCGGCAGCAUUAUUCGCAACGACUCCCCAGACAUGGCACUCAUGAUGCCCAUGCGAUCAGAGAUCCUCGCUAGGACACAACACAGGCCGUUCGUGCAUUCGAGACGACCGCCGCAGCCGAGCGUGAGCUCGAGCUCCUGA